UAGGACUCCCCUAAUAUGUAGUGCAAAUCAAUUUAACCACCAUAUAUAUUCCUUUAACUCAGUUCCCCUCUCACCACCAUGAGAUCCUUCAGUGCAUUUCUCCUUGUUUCUUCUCUUUUCCUUGUAGUUACGAUCACCGCUGGCGCCGCAGUUUCUGUUCAUCAUGACGCAGAGAAGCCACUGAAUUCCGGAGGGUGGCAGCCGAUCAAGAACGUGUCGGACCCGCAUGUCCAAGAGAUUGGCAAGUUCGCGGUGGCGGAGUACGACAAUAAGUCGAAGGCCCAACUGGUGUUCCAAGAGGUGGUGAAGGGCGAGACCCAGGUGGUGGCGGGCAUCAACUACCGCUUAACUCUCAAGGCGAGUGGACAGGUGAAGAUCCGCGGCAACGGCGCCGUCGUGGUGGGGGAGUACGAGGCCACGGUGUGGGAGAAGCCGGAUGGGACCCGGCAACUCACGUCGUUUAAGCAAGUUUAGUAGUAACCAUGCAUACAUGCAUGGGUGCGCGUUGUUCGACCGAUGCAACGUGAGGAGCGUACGUGCAUGGGCAUCUAUAUAUGAUGACGUUGUAGGCGGGAUGAAUAAUGCAUGGUGUUACCUUGUGACCUAAUUAAUGGUUUUUUCCCUAAUGAAUAAUAGUAAUUAAUGUAUGGUUUGUUCUCGUUACUGAAUGCCGAUUCAUUGUCAGGUUUUUUUUCGUUUAAAUUUACGAAAACAACAAUUUAUAAGCCAGAGCUUAAUAUUAU